GAAGAAGGAGGCGAGGGAGGCGGGAGGGCGGCAGCCCAGAGCCGCAGCCACCGGGCACUGCCACAGACCCUCUCGGCUCCACCUGGCGGGAGCACCCUGUGUGCGGAGGGACUGCUCCUGGCAACAUGGUUUCCGCGGUGGCCCCCGGCCUGGCCAUGUCUCUGCUGCUGCUCCUGCGGGCCCUGCCCACUGCGCCCAACUCCGUGUCCCUGCAGGCUGCCUUCCUGGAGGACACAGGGGGCAGCGGGGAGGCUGAGGGCUCAUCGGCUUCCUCCCCCAGUCUCCCGCCGCCCCGGACCCCGGCCCUCAGCCCCACGUCAGUGGGGCCCACGCCCCCGGAGGGCCCCAAGCCCCCCACCAACUUCCUGGACGGCAUCGUGGACUUCUUCCGCCAGUACGUGAUGCUCAUCACCGUGGUGGGGUCCCUGGCGUUCCUGCUGAUGUUCAUCGUCUGCGCUGCUGUCAUCACCCGCCAGAAGCACAAGGCCUCCGCCUACUACCCCUCAUCUUUCCCCAAGAAGAAGUACGUGGACCAGAGUGACCGGGCCGGGGGCCGGGCCUUCAGCGAGGUCCCUGACAGGGCUUCCGACGGCCGGCCGGAGGAGGCCCGGGACUCCUCCCAGCAGCUCCAGGCUGACAUCCUUGCCGCCACCCAGAACCUCAAGUCUCCGGCCAGGGCUGCCCUGGGCAGUGGAGACGGAGCCAGGGUGAUGGAGGGCAAGUCAGAGGAAGAGGAGCCAGGCAGCCAGGAGGAGGACCAGGAAGCCCAGGGAUGCGGGGUCCCGGCAGAGAAACCAGAGGUGCCCCCGCCGGAGGAGGCCUGCCCAGAGGAGGCGGACGGGGCCCUGGCGGCUGGUGAAAGUCAGGGGCCAGAAGCAGCUUCCUCAUUAGCCCAGGAAGCUGGGGGCCCAGCUGGUCCCCCCGAAAGCCCCUGUGCUUGUGGCAGCGUCUCCCCCAGCAUCUAACAGGCCUCUCAGGCUGCCGGCCCUGACUGUCGGACCCCUGGAGCUCACCUCCUUGGGCACAGAAAGACCCUUGGUCCUUCCUGCUCUCUGUCACCCCCUCCUUGGCCACUCCCCACUGCAAAUCCCAGCGUGUCUGAUCCUACGACAGUGGGCAGAGCUGCUGGUCUCUGUCCCAUCUCAGGAAUCUCACCAACUUCCAGAACGUUUUUCCCUGCAGCCCCCGAGGGGCUCCAUCCCAAAGCCCAGCUCCUCUGGGGAGACGGGGCUGGGGACGUGUCCCCGUCACAGCCAUGUCCAUUGGGAAACAUGUCUCAGGUCCCUUGUGACAGUGCAAACAUCGCUGCUUGCCAUCGAGGUAGGAAAAGAAAUACUAGUGUUGGAAGAGACUGAGCUGGAGAUGUGGAAAGGCCUGGGGUUGGAGCAGUUCGAGGCACCGUUGAAGGUCGGUCAGGAGGGCGGCCCCUGCACGCGUCAUGACAGGUCCCUAUAUGGGCAUUUCCCAAACUGGGUUCCCCAGAAGAAAGCUUGUGAGGUCCAGUGAGCAGAGGAGGUGCUGCUUCUCUGCUCUGGGCGCCCCCCCCCAACUCCUUGCAGCGCCCCGGGGCUCUGACAAGCCCUGCAGUAAAGGCGCCCGUGGACUCUGUUUUCGCUUAGUCUUUUCCAAACUGCUUUUGUCCAUGGGGUGCUUUUUUUUUCUUUCUUUUUAACAGCUACAGAAGUUACUGCUCUAAAUGUUCCCGAAGGCACCCCCUCCUCAGUUUCUGGUUGGUCCAGGGUUAGGGGGGUGGGGGGUGGGGGUUCAGCGCUCCCAGGAGCCGCCUCUCAUCCUGUUACUGCUGCGGGGGUGGGGCAAAUGAAUUGAAUCUUUCUUGCCAGGGCCCCAAAGCAGCUUAGAAGCCGGGAGGGGGGCUGUGUGUGAGAGGGGACCCUACUCUGGGGGAGUCUGAGGGGGUGCGAGAGGGUUUCUGACACCCAGCCCAGAGCAGGGGGGCCCUGGCCCUUCACACACACACAGAUGCCUGGUAGCCUGUGCCCACAGUCUUCUUUAGUCUUCGACAAGGGAGCCGGAGCUCCGUCCUGAUUUGGGGAGGCUCUGCGGCGGCAGGGAGGGUCCUCCUCCCCAUCCCUCCAUCUGGGCCCCCCCAGCCUCUGCACAACUCUCCAGGUGCUGAAAUGUAACAAACCAGCCCAAUAAACCUUUAUUCUGGC